AUGCUCCUCCCAAGCGAAGAAAAACCCCUCGACAUAGAAUAUGCAGACCAAAUGCGUUCCCACCCCUACGGCACAGCCCUAUACAACCCCCAACCGCACAACAUCUUCCAUCCAGGAAUGGUAGGCUACUUCGACAGAGCCGGCAACUGGAACCCGAUCAUCGAUCUAUCCAAGCAACCAGAUCCUACCUCACCUACAUCCACGACCACUCUAAAACCCCCACCGACGCUCCCACCCCUCGCAACACCGGAACACCAAACCUGGGGCCCAAAACUAGGCCUAAAAACCCACAGCCACCAAAUAAACCUGCAAGCAGGCCUGUCCCAAACCCUCCUCGCAGCAGCCGGCGCACCAAUAAGUCUAUCUUCACAUUUCCGCUUCGAAAGCGAGGACUCUAGCGGUGCGGUGCUUGUCACUAGUGCGCCAAUUGUACAUGAGCGUUUCUACCAUGAAACACCGUUUAAGGCAUGGGUUGUUGCCAAUGCGGGGAGGUUACUCGCUGAACGGGGCGAGUUGAGGAAAUGUGCGUUGUGGGUUGUUACUAGUACGUGGGCUGCGGAGGAGGUUGCUGUUAAUUGCUGGAGGAAUUGUAGGAAGGCUGUUGACGUGGGCUUUCAGGUUGGGGUUGUUGAGGUUGGGGAGGUUGCGCCUACGGGGGGUUGGGUUGAUUGUGGUGCUGCGGCGGGUUGGUUGAGGGCUAGAGGGGAUGAUGGACUCGGCUCGCAGAAUAAACCGAACACAUUUCGUGGAGAUGCUACGGAGAAAGAGACUGUGGCAGCCUCACUAAAAUCCGAUGAUGGCAUGGAAUAUGACCUUUCUUGUGAAGAGGUUCUGGAAGAUAGGACUUUGCGUCCGCGGGAAAACACCGUGGGAUCUGGGGAUAGUGAGGAUUAUGAUGAUCAGGAUGACCAGGCUGAAGGUGAAUCAGAUGAUGGCUGGUGA